AGUAUUCACUUCCCCUUUUAUGUGAAUCACUAGGUGGUGUACACAAGGACUGUCGUAUUUCACGGGUAAUUCAACGGGUUGUUUUAUUGGUCACUGUAUGUGAUGGACAUGGGCGUUCUCGCCCCAGCAAUCGACCUGCAAAUAGCUGACGAAGUAAUCGAACGGGACUCACACGUUAAUGUUUUGGCAUCACCGCGAUUUGCAGAUGUUGAAAGUGAAGUAUCAUCUGAAAGGCUACAGCCGAGAGCGGAAGGAUCAUCGAACCAGUUGAAGCUUUCGGUUGGCGGAGAAGACUCGCCUGAGGAAGAUGAUAUUGAUGAUCUUAGACAAAGCAUGCAUAUGUGGCAUCUUCAUGGGCCGGAAUCAGAGGGGUUUUCUGAGUUUGACGAUGAAGUUGGCUUAUCCGCUGAGCGGGUGCAAUCGAUCAUAGCUGGACAAGGAUUGCUUUUUCAACCUCUCAAUGAGGGAUCGUUCGUUGAAGAAGUGUUCUCUGAAAAGGGCCCAAAAUCUCAUAAUGGCUACCUCUUUGGAGCAAAAAUUGGGGAGGGAUCAUAUGCCAAAGUUAAGGAAAUUGUUGAUGAAACAACUUUGGUUCGUCGUGCAGUCAAAAUAAUCAAACACAGCCGUUUGCGAAAGAUUCAGAACGGACAAGAAAAUGUAGAACGUGAAUUGCGAAUUUUGAAGAAAGUUAGGCACGAAAAUGUGAUUCGAUUGAUAGAGGUGUUUCGACGGGAACAAAAGAACAAGCUAUAUGUUGUACUAGAAUUCUGUAUGGGUUCUGUACAACAGCUUCUUGACGCAGCGCACGAAAAUCGCUUGUCUGACACAGAGACUCAUAGGUAUUUCGUAGACUUGAUCAAUGGUUUGGAGUACCUCCAUUCUGUCGGAAUCGUUCACAAAGAUAUAAAACCCGCUAAUCUUCUCAUAUCUUUGGACUACACAUUGAAAAUCUCGGAUUUUGGAGUUGCUGAGGAGUUGUCACUCUUUCAGAAAGACGAUUCGUGCCAACUUGUCCAAGGUACCCCAAAAUUCCAAGCGCCAGAGCUUGUUUCCGGGAACAUGGAGAGUUAUAGUGGGUUCGCGUCAGAUUUGUGGUCGUGCGGUGUAACACUGUAUAAUAUGAUCUCAGGUCUCUACCCUUUUGAGGGAGCGGUGAUUAUGCGGCUCUUCGAUAAUAUUGCACAUGCUGAAUUAGUCAUGCCAACGAAUGUGGAAUUGCAUCCGGAAUUGGUGGUGUUACUGAAAGGGCUGCUCCAAAAAGAUGCAAAGAAACGAUUUACUGUUGAAUGUGUAAAACAUAACGCAUGGCAUGCAAGGCCGCGAGCAAAAUUCUUCCGUGCAGCUCAGCUGGCAAAGCGUGGAUCUGUUCAGCGUCCCUUGACUGUCUAUCAGGCGCUUGAAGAACGAUUCGGAGGUGUUCCGUCAGAUCGAAUAGUGACGAUGAAUGACCUUGACGAGACGCUUGUCAGUCGCCAACAUCACAGCAGUGGUGUAUCACAUGCUCAAAGCUCAUCGUUAAUACUACCGCCCGGAAAUGGUCGAGCGGGCUCCGAACCAUGUAUCAGCGAGCCGGCUGCCGCCGCCGCUGCCUCACUUUCGCCGACAAGGCCUCGGCCACCUCGAAAAAAUCGUAGUUUGCUCAGUUGUAUACUUCCAAAUCGCUCACCAUAG